AUGACGCUGAGGGCAGGAGAUCCUGUCGGGAGCAGAUUAGCCGCACACGCUGCCGCUUUUAUCAGCGCCGAAGGUCAUGAUAUCCAUAUUGCAAUGGCGGGGACGUCGAGGUAUGACGAUGAUGAGCGCCAAUUUGUGCCGCCGAACUUUCACAAGUCGCUUGAAGAGCUUCUAAAACGCUACCUGCCCGAGAACUUGGGCUUGCAGUUCCGGGAAGAUGCAAAGAAACUUGAGGAGCUAGCCGACAAGGUCGCAAAUACUGAGGCUCGAUACACGGACCGCCAAAAGACGUUCUGGCAUUCUCUAUGGUACCAUGUAGGCGAUACCAAAGAGACUCUGGAUGCAUGGGUUGCCCUCAUUCCCAAUGAGUAUGGGUUGGCAGUCGUCAAGACUGGGCUGGCAGUGGUUUUCAAGCUGGCCGAAAAAUCUGCAGAGAGGCGACAAAAGAUCGAGAGAACGUUCGUGGCCAUCCGCGAAGCACUUACUCGAGCCGAUCCGGCAAAGAGGAGCUUUCGGAGUAACGAGGAGAUCUGCGUUUCUGCGGACCAUUUGAACCGGUCUAUCGUGGAGUGCAUCGAGGAUAUGAUCUUACUGACCUCUAAAGAAAAGACCUCGUGGAGACAGAAACUGGCCACUGCUCCCAAGUUCAGGCAUCGAACGCCACCGCCGGAUCCUGACGUGAUUCUGGGCAAGCUGGAAGAGGCUCGGGAGGAAUUCGAGCGCGUGGUCGAUCUGGUACGAGACAAUGUUAUUGAAGGUACAGGACUUCUGACUCAGUCGAUGGCAAUGAGACUGCCCGGCAUGCAUCGCAAUAUUCUGGAGACAAAUGAGAGCCUCAGGGUGUUCGAUGAGAAGCAGGAUGAGCGGGAUAAGGAUUACAAAAGGGGCUAUGAGGCUCUCUACAGACAGCGUACCGAGAUUGAAAGGCUGCGGCGAGAGAUUCGCUACACCCGCAAGUCCAAACUGCUCAUCAAGGGUGAUCAGCUCCUCUACAUUCUCACAGGGCUGCCGAUUUCCGACAAUUGCGAGCUAGCAGACCUAAGACAAAUGCUCCAACGACCGAACGAUGACCUGCAAAAAUGCCUUUCGUACAAGGGCAAGCUGAAUACAGAGACUCAGGGGCAGGUGCAAGAGUCAGUGUUGAGAAGCAACCGAGUUCUGGGAUGGCUAAACCGCCCAGAAUCCGAUCUUAUUCUCGUCGAUGCAAAUAUCGACGACCCCGGCAUGCCCAAGACAACCCCUUUGUCUGUACUCUGUGCCACCUUGGUUACCAGCAUGGUCACUGCACAUCCGGAGGAUGUCGUUGUUUUCCAUUUCUGUGGCCAGCACUUCUUACCUAAGGACGCAUGGUACGGUCCAAAUGGACUGGUUCGCUUUCUCGCAAUGCAGUUGCUGGUGAGGCUGUUGGAGAUGAAGCGCUGUGACCUCGAUUUUAUCGACGAUUGGGACUCCGUUGAAGGGCUCGAAAACCACGACUUAUCGUAUCUAUGCGAUUUGCUGUACCAUCUUAUAGCACAGUUUUCCACACAGACUACCGUCUACUGUGUCAUCGAUACUAUCUCUCUCUUUGACAACCCGAGGACGCUGCCAGAUUUGAAGGUCGUAAUGGACUGCUUCCACGGCAUCGUUCGGGACACCUCACUGAGCCCAGCAGUGAAGAUUCUACUUACAAAUCCGAUGCACAGCAAGAGAACGAUGAAGCAAUUGCCAAUUUUCCAAGAUGACCCCAGCCGCCUCGUCAAUUUAAUACCCGCUACUCUUACAUCAGCAGCGCCAAUAUCGGAUCGAGUAGUUGGACGGGCAAUUUCACGACAGUCUCCAACCUCCAGGCCCCGGAUUCGGGGCAGAUAUGGAGCCGACUUGGGCAGAACCUGGUGA